UCACCGCCUGAUGCUCCGGAGAGAUGAAUUGCAGAUGAGUUUCCCUUCCACCUUUGGAUGAAUCUCUGGAGUUUAAAUUGUAUCAAGGAAGCGGGAAAAAAACACGAUGAAAGAGAAGUCCAAAAAUGCUGCCCGGACUAGACGGGAGAAAGAAAACAGUGAAUUUUAUGAACUGGCUAAAUUACUACCCCUGCCCUCCGCUAUCACCUCUCAGCUGGACAAAGCAUCCAUAAUCAGACUCACUACCAGCUAUUUAAAAAUGAGAGUGGUUUUUCCAGAAGGACUUGGAGAAGCCUGGGGCCACUCCAGCCGAACCAGCCCACUGGAUAAUGUUGGACGGGAGCUGGGAUCCCAUCUUUUGCAGACGUUGGACGGUUUCAUAUUUGUUGUGGCUCCGGAUGGCAAGAUCAUGUACAUCUCGGAGACUGCCUCGGUGCACCUGGGCUUGUCGCAGGUAGAGCUGACCGGCAACAGCAUUUACGAGUACAUCCACCCCGCCGACCACGACGAGAUGACGGCGGUGCUGACGGCGCACCAGCCUUACCACUCGCACUUCGUGCAGGAGUACGAGAUCGAGAGAUCCUUUUUCCUGAGGAUGAAAUGCGUCCUGGCCAAGAGGAAUGCGGGCCUCACCUGCGGCGGCUACAAGGUCAUUCACUGCAGCGGGUACCUGAAGAUCCGCCAGUACAGCCUGGACAUGUCCCCCUUCGACGGCUGCUACCAAAACGUUGGCUUGGUCGCCGUGGGCCACUCGCUGCCGCCCAGCGCCGUGACGGAGAUCAAGCUCCACAGCAAUAUGUUCAUGUUCCGGGCCAGCCUAGACAUGAAGCUCAUAUUCUUAGAUUCCAGGGUAGCUGAGCUAACAGGUUACGAGCCCCAGGACCUGAUAGAGAAGACCCUUUACCACCAUGUCCAUGGCUGUGACACCUUUCACCUGCGUUGCGCACAUCACUUGUUGCUGGUGAAAGGGCAAGUGACCACCAAGUACUACCGCUUCUUGGCCAAACACGGCGGCUGGGUGUGGGUGCAGAGCUACGCCACCAUCGUGCACAACAGCCGCUCCUCCCGCCCGCACUGCAUCGUCAGCGUCAACUACGUGCUCACGGAUACUGAAUAUAAAGGACUACAGCUCUCCCUGGAUCAGGUCACUGCUACCAAGCCGGCAUUCUCAUACGCCAAUUCAGCUCCGACCAUAACGGAUAAUAGAAAGGGAAGCAAAUCUCGCCUCUCGAGCACAAAGUCAAAAUCAAGGACAUCACCAUACCCACAGUAUUCUGGAUUUCACACGGAGAGAUCCGAGUCUGACCACGAGAGCCAGUGGGGUGGGAGCCCCCUGACCGAUACGGCUUCUCCACAGCUCCUGGAGCCUGCAGACAGAGCGAGCUCCCAGCACCACGACGUCUCCUGUGCCUACAGACAGUACUCAGACCGCAGCGCGCUCUGCUACGGUUUUGCACUCGACCACUCCAGGCUGGCUGAUGACAGGCAUUUCCACACUCAGGCCUGUGAAGGAGGCAGAUGCGAAGCUGGCCGCUAUUUCCUUGGCACGCCGCAGCCGGGAAGGGAGAGCUGGUGGGGCUCUCGUUCAGCGUUGCCUCUGACUAAGUCGUCCCCUGAGAGCAGAGAAGCGUAUGAGAACAGUAUGCCCCACAUAACAUCAGUGCACAGGAUUCAUGGAAGAGGACACUGGGAUGAGGACAGUGUUGUUAGCUCACCUGAUCCUGGCUCUGCCAGCGAGUCAGGCGACCGAUACCGUACUGAGCAGUAUCAGAACAGUCCGCAUGAGCCCAGCAAAAUUGAAACUCUAAUAAGAGCCACUCAGCAAAUGAUUAAAGAAGAAGAAAACAGGCUACAGCUGCGGAAAACCACUCCUGACCCACUGGUCUCCAUUAAUGGCACAGGGAAGAAGCACGCUCUCUGUUUUGCAAGCUACCCUCAGCAGCAGUUGGCAGCGGACGUCUGCCGCGUUCCAACAGUUGCCAACACUCCUCCUUGUGAACACAUCCAGCAGCGAGAUGGAAAGAUUAUGAGCCCCCAUGAAAAUGACUAUGACAACAGCCCCACAACACUGUCUAGGAUAAGCAGCCCCAGUUCUGAUCGAAUAUCAAAAUCUAGUUUGGUACUUGCUAAAGACUACCUGCAUUCAGAUAUGUCCCCUCAUCAAACCCAAGGAGACCACCCAGCAGCCUCUCCAAAUUAUUACAGCUCCCACAGGCAGUACUUUGAUAAGCAUGCUUACACACUAACUGGAUAUGCCCUGGAGCAUCUAUAUGACGCUGAGACAAUUAGAAACUAUUCACUAGGCUGUAAUGGAUCCCACUUUGAUGUGACUUCUCACUUAAGGAUGCAGCAAGAUCCAGCACAAGGACACAAGGGAACAUCUGUUAUAAUAACCAAUGGAAGCUGACAUUUUUUUUCUAAAAACUUUCGUGCUUUGAAAAAUAACCUUUGAGAUCUAAUUGGAAGAUAUUAUAUGUUUUCAUGCCCUUGUCCUUACCAGCAUUUCCCAUACCACAGUGCACUAGAAAGAAGAACCUAAGGUUUGGGGGGAUAAGUUAGGUAAAACGCAUUACUUAAAAAAAAAAAAAAAUGCACUGGCAUGCAGGGUUAGAGUAAAUGGAGCUAAACUCAAAGUUGGUGCCAUGCAUGCUGAGAAGGAUAGAAGAGGUUCAGGGAGGCAGGGAGUACUUGUGGCAGAGCAGUUUAUCCACAUUGUGUAAGAGGUGUUGUUUGGAAACACUUCCAAGGGCAGAUCUUCUGAACUGCAUAGGUACCAGGCAACAGAACUGCUAUGCACUCUUUUUACACAGGAAGUUGGGAUGUGUUCCUUCAAAAUACACAACAAAAUGUGUAUUUUUGGUGAUUUGUUUACUCCCCAAAGGGCAAGUAUGUUAUGUUGCUGUAUGGUAUAAAGCAUCCGUGGCUGACCAAUAUAACAUCAAAAAAGGGAGAAAGAAGAGAGAACUCCUCAAAUUUUUAUGUCCUUGUGUACUCACAAACAUAGCUAUUUACAUAUGCUUGAUUUGAAAAGAGUCCUUAUGAUUAGUAUGGUCAAAUAUUUACUUCUACUGUAUUAAAAAGAGAGGGGCGUUCUCACUGUAGUUUUGAGAAACACAAAGGGCUUGCUUGUCUUGCUGUAGAGAUGGGAGAUGCUUCUCAUGUUUUUGAAAGGUUGCCCAUGGUGGGUAGUGGAGUGAAAUGGAAGAAAAUUGCCUGGAGAAACAGGGAGAAUAGACUGGAACUAGGAAUGGUCUAAGAAAAACACUUAACCCUGUAGCUAUGUAUGCUAUUUAGUAAUAAUUAUAAAAUAAGGAAAAGUGGCUGAAUAAUUAAGAAUUAAUUUAAAACACAGAAGGAACUCAAUAGAAUAAUAGAAAUAUUACUGUAAAAUACAAAUGCAGUUGCAUAAAUGUAAAAAUACAUGAGUCAAGAACAGGUAAAAACUCUUUGGCAGUUUAUCUAACUUCUGAUAAAGUUUUGGAGUAAAUUAAGAGAGUAUAGAAUAUCAUAACUACUCUGUCUGAAACACAGUGAAGUAACAGGCAUGACCUUGAUAAAGAAAUAUGAAUUCUCUUCUUGAUUGCAGCAGAUGAUUUAAUGAAUAUCAGAAAAUAUUCUGGAUAUCAAAAUCAGCCAUAUGUACAUUAAAAAGUAGCAGAAAAUCAGUGUUCCAAGGAAUUAAAUUGUAUUAAGAAUGCUGGUAUUAUCAGGCCCUGUCCUGGAGUUAUACAAGACAUCAAAAGAGGCAGAGGAACUUAAAAAACUUUUUUAAUAACCACAUGAACAAAGACACUGAUUGAUUGGAAAAGAAUAAAUGCAAACAUAUGCUAAAAAUGUAAAAUAGGACGUUUGUAGUCACAAUUGCUAGACCUGUCCUUUUUUGUAUGGCAUUUAUAUGCUCCCAAAUUUGACUGCAACAGGAGGGACCACUGCUCCCUCUUAUGCCAAUGUGGAGAAAAGGAGAUGUGAGGUGGUUACUAAAAUGAGAUUAGCUCUAAGACUACCUUAAUUUGUAACAUUCAGAAGCUCAACAUAUGGGACUGAGUCAUCAAUGGGACUAAAUAUAAACCAGCAUGCUAUGGGUGGGUUAAAAAUACUGUUUCCAAAUAAAACUAAUCAGAAGCAAAAGCUAAAUAAUAACAUUAUAAACCACGUAAGUAGAGAUGUACUUGAAAGCAGAGGAAAUUACCUCUCUGAACUUGGAAUACUGUGUAUAGUCCUGAUCACUCCAAAGCAGAUUGUGAAUCUUGAAUUGAGUAGUACCUUACUCCAUAAGCAACCUUUGUUGACUGCAGUGUGAUCGCUCCUGGUGAAAUGCACGUUGAACACAAGGGAGAACAACAGAGUCUGGUCUUUAUUAUCUAAACCUCGUAACAAAAAAGGUGGAGCAGAGCUCAACAAAAGAUAAAGAGACUGAAAGAUCUAAUAAAAACUUUAAAUAAACUGGGUCUGUCAUCUUUGUAAGGGAAAGGAGUAAGGGGUAAUGUCACUGAUGUGCACCAAACUCUGCACAGAGGAGAGAUAAAUAAUGGUCUAAAACUAUUUGAACUAGCGGCAGAAAUGAGAGGCAGGGCACUGAAUGAUAGCCAAGGCAGAAUGAGAACAAAAUGAUUUGGCAAGAAGUUUAUUUGACUCGUUGCCAAAUGGAUAAUGAAGGUCAAAAAGAGAAGCAGAUAGAGAUUUUUUUUGUUGUUGUUUGUUUGUUUUAAGAUAAAAACAAGGCAAAUAAUUGAGGGGAAGAAAAACCCUGACAACUGUUAACUGAGAGGAAGAAAUGGACCAAACUGGACUUAUUUCAGCCCAACAAUUGUAUAUAUUCCUAAAGCAUAGGAAUAAGAAAGUAUUUUUGAUAAAUUUAGUUCUGGAUACAUAUUUAUUUCACUUGUUCCUAUGAAUAAUAUGAAUAAACUUGUAC